AUGUGGCUGAUACUCUGGAGAAGCCCUCUCUUGCCCCGUGUUCUCCAAGUGCCUGAGCUGGUGGCCGGCUGGGACCUGCGGUUCACGCUCUGGGCCCUGAGCUUUGCCUCGGUGGUUGUGCAGAUGGAGGGCCAGGUGUACUCACCGACCGUCAACACGCACUAUGGGAAGUUACGGGGAGUGCGCGUGCCACUGCCCAGUGAGAUCCUGGGGCCUGUGGACCAGUACCUGGGGGUGCCUUAUGCUGCCCCCCCCACUGGGGAGAAGAGGUUCAUGCCUCCCGAGCCACCACCAUCCUGGUCGGGCAUCAGGAACGCUACCCACUUCUCACCAGUCUGCCCCCAGAACAUCCACAACGCUGUUCCUGAGAUCAUGCUGCCCAUCUGGUUUACCUCCAAUUUGGAUAUCGUGGCCACAUACAUCCAGGACCCCAACGAGGACUGUCUGUACCUCAACAUCUACAUCCCCACAGAGGAUGGAGCCAGCGCUAAGAAACAGGGCGAGGACUUAGCGGAUAAUGACGGUGAUGAAGACGAAGACAUCCGGGACAGCGGGGCCAAGCCGGUGAUGGUGUACAUCCAUGGUGGCUCGUACAUGGAGGGCACGGGGAACAUGAUAGACGGCAGCGUCCUGGCCAGCUACGGGAACGUGAUUGUCAUCACCCUGAACUACCGCGUCGGAGUGCUGG